CAACAGCGAGCAAAUCAACUUGAAGCCUUUUGUAUUGUGUCAGUUGUGAUUUCAGGAUCAGUGGGCGGAUCCGUUCUGUGCCGAUGUCAAAGUUCACCCCCCGAGCGGGGCCACUAUCUGCAGCAGCAGCAAAAGCAGAACAUAGAUCCUCUCACUGGGACUCAGUCGACAUGGCGGAGACGAAAGUCGUCUUGUUCAGCUUCUGGGGAGUUGCUGUCUCUUCACGGCCUCAUGUGCUUUUCAGAAAGUUUGAGGAGUUGCACAACCUGCCAAGGGGUUUUCUCUCCAAUGUGGCGUCGCAGAAAGACGGCGCCAUGAUGCGGGCGGAGCGAGGCCAGAUGACAUUCUCUCAGAUGAUCCCGGUGCUUGAGGAAGAGUGUGUGAAGCAGGCCCAGGUCAGGGGUGUGACGCUGCCGUCUGAUUGGUCAGUCAGACGCCUGCUGGAGGAAUUCAGAGAGGCCAUGAUGGACGUCCAACCAGCUGUACUGAAGACAGCUGCACGUCUGCGUCGCAGCGGUUUACUGACAGCUGUCCUGGCCAAUCACUGGCUAGAUGACAGUGCAGAUGGAGAUCGUCCGUCCCGCCUUCUCUCUCUGCUGGGCGGCCAUUUUGACCUGGUCUUCCAGUCCUGCCGCUCAGGUCACAGGGUCCCCGAGCCAUCCAUGUUCACCUCUGCCCUGCUGCACCUGGGAGUGACAUCACAACAGGCCGUGUGGCUGGAUGUCGAUGAGGACGGUGUGAAGGCGGCAGAAGCAGCCGGGAUGAGGGUCGUCACGGUGAACAACCUGGAUGACGCAUUGGACCAACUGGCCAAAUUUACUGGAGUUCAGGCUGUGAGUGCAGAGACUUCUCCAGCGUCCUGCAGCCCGGAGGAGGUUUCCCAUGGAUACGUCACCAUCAGGCCUGGUGUCCGGACUCACUAUGUGGAAAUGGGUUCAGGUCCACCGGUCCUGCUGUGUCACGGCUUCCCAGAGAGCUGGUUCUCUUGGAGGUUCCAGAUCCCGGCCAUGGCAGCCGCAGGGUUCAGGGUGUUGGCUCUGGACAUGAAGGGAUAUGGAGAGUCCACAGCGCCCCCAGAUAUCGAGGAAUAUUCUCAGGAGCAGCUCUGCAAGGAUUUAAUCAAGUUUCUUGACAAAAUGGCGAUACCUCAGGUCACCCUGGUGGGUCACGACUGGGGCGGCUUCCUGGUCUGGACCAUGGCUCAGUAUUUUCCUGAGAGAGUCAGGGCUGUGGCGUCUCUGAACACUCCUCUGUUCCCGGUGGAUCCGUCUGUUCAUCCUGCAGAGAGAAUGAAGGCCGAGCCCGUAUUCGACUACCAGCUCUACUUCCAAAAACCAGGUGUUGCAGAGGCCGAGCUGGAGAAAAACCUGGAGAGAACGUUCAACAUUUUCUUUUUCAGCAGCAGUGAAGCAGGGACUCGUACUGGCCUCACCACUGAAGGAGUCUGCGCUCGAGGAGGUCUGUUCGUGGGUCUGCCCGAGCAGUUUCCCAGGAGCUCCAUGCUGACGGAGGCCGACCUGAGCUUCUACGUCAGCCAGUUCAAAGAGCUCGGCUUCAGGCGACCACUGAACUGGUAUCGUAACGGUGAGGUGAACUGGAAGUGGAUGUGUUCUCGUCCCAAAGGAAAGCUGCUGAUGCCGGCGCUGAUGGUGACGACGGGUAAAGACCCGGUGCUGCUUCCGGCCUUCUCAAAAGGAAUGGAGGCCUUGGUCCCGAACCUGAGCAGAGGACACAUCGAGGAGUGUGGACACUGGACUCAGAUGGAAAAACCGGGGGAGACGAACAACAUCCUGAUAUCUUGGCUUAAAGAAACUCAUGAGAAGACUGGAGCUGUUACCGUGGCACCCAAACUUUGAGGAGGGAGCAAGUAAGGACGGUGGCAGAAAAUCCGGCUGACGUGAAAUGAAGAAUUUCAAAUUAAAAUAUGAGUCAGA